CGGUAUGGCCGGUCCAUGUGUUUUAAAAAAUUUGCAAACUUUAUUUACCUACUUUCGAUUAAUAUGUGAACGUAAUCCAUAAUUGCAGUUUUUAUUAUUUUGUUUUUGAGAGUUCCAAUAUUAAUUUACACAAUGGAGCCCAACAAGGAAGAAACUUACAGAGUGGUAAGUAGAUUCUGCACAAAAAACCAUGGUACAAAUACAUAACCGUCGAGCCGACGAUGUUCUUCUAUAUGAUGGCCUUUAUGAUAACGAGCGUGAUAGAACAGACCUUUUACGUUUUCCGGGCAUGCAAUGUCAAUCAUGGUUACAGCGAGGAAAUAUGUUACGAUAUCAGCAAGUAUAGCGAUAUAAACAACGAGGUUCAAAUGACAGUUUCAGUUUUCCACCAAUGGAAUGGGAUCGCCAGCCAUGUGGUCCCCCUGUUGUUGGCCUUCUUCAUUGGGUCCUACAGCGACAAGCGAGGAAGAAAGUUUAUACUCCUUGCCGGACUCAUCGGAAAGCUUUAUUUUUCAGCAAUGAUUACAUUAAUUACUACAAAAGCAUGGCCUCUGGAGUACGUGAUCUACGUAGCGACGUUCCCGAGCGCACUCACGGGCGCGGACCUAUCGAUCUUCGCCGCGUGUUUCGCCUACAUCGCUGACGUGUCUUCGCUCAAGAAUCGGACCUUGAGAGUGGGGAUCUUGGACGUCGUCUAUUUGAGCACUAUGCCCACUGGAGUCGCUAUUGGGAAUGUGUUAUUCAACAAAGUGGUCAACAGAUCCUUCACCGUUAUGUUUGCAAUAAACACGUGUCUCAUGGUACUGGCAACACUGCACUGCAUAUUUUUUCUCAAAUGGCAGACCAGUCCCGCUCAAAAAACUCUGAGGGAGGCAGGAGUCAAGAACCCAAUCACGGAUUUCUUCGACGUUAACAACAUUAAAAGGACACUAGUGACGUUAACGAAACCUAGAUGUAACAACAGACGCCUGUUCCUCUGGUUCUUGCUUAUAUCUAUGGCAUUUUAUACAUUCCAAAGAGAUGAACGGCCCGUGAUGUACUUAUACACGACGAUAGUGUUCGAAUGGGACGCGACGGACUUCAGCUACUUCCGCACGUAUCUCAGCACGGCGUACGUGGUCGUGAUGCUGUGCGGUAUUCCGCUGAUGACCAGGCUCCUCAACUGGAGAGAUACGGUGAUCGUGAUGAUCGGUGCGUCCGCGCACAUCACCGGGCACUUCAUCUACGCCCACGCGUGGGACGAGAAGCUGAUGUACCUGGGCGCGACGGCGGCGGCGCUGGGCCCGUGCGUGGCGCCGCUCAUCCGCUCCAUGACGUCCAAGGUGCUGCCAGCUUCGGAGAGAGGUGUAGCCUACGCCUUCCUCUCCGUGAUGGAGAACGCAGUAGCCAUGUUUGCCUCCAUCGUGUACUCGCAACUGUACAAGGCCACGCUGCAGACCGACUACAUCAACUCCAUAUUCUACCUCACCAUGACCACGCAAGUCAUCGUGUUCGUUUUGUCUUUCACUAUGGAUAUUCUACUCAAAGGGAAGAGGCUGGAAGCAAUCAUGCCUGAAGAGAGACAAAUUACUGACGAAUCGUAACAUUAUCUGUUUUAUGCAAAGAAAAACGCAACUUUUAACUGCCAUGCCAGUUGCAUGGCAAUUGAGUAUUUAAACAAGGAUAAAUGAAAAAAUUUUAUUGGUUCAUUACAUAAUAAUGUAAUGUAAAUGAAAGAAUGAACUUAUUAUAUUUGAUAUUGUAUACCUAGUACCUACAUAAGUAUGAAGUUGUCAAUUCCAUUUUUAUUAUUAUUAUAUUUUCUGUUUAAUUUAGUACUAUCGAAUAUUACGGCUGUGAUACAUCGAAGAAUAAAUGCAAUGUUACUUAA